AUGACUAAUUUAACUUUUGUUCAGAAUUUAACUAAAUUAGGGAUACUUUAUAUUACUGAAAAUAAUAUCACUACUGGUUUAGAAUAUUUGCCUUUAACUCAUCCAGAGUUAAUGGAUGAUAAUUUAUCUUUAGCCGAUUUACAUCUUACUGAAGAAAACACUUCUCCGCUAGCAAUAACUGCUACUCCUUGA